AUGUGUGGAAAUGUUCAAGAAGAUACUAUGCAUGCCUUGGUGUUGUGUGAUUUUGCGAAAGCCAUUUGGGAACGAUCUAGCCUUCCAAUCUCUAAUAUUGUGACGAAUGUUUUUCAUAUUUGGUUCUCUGAGCUCCUAAAUAUUCUAGACUCUAAUAGAAUGUUAUAUGCAACAGCAAUCUUAUAUCAUAUUUGGAGAGCACGGAAUGGAGCGGUAUGGGAUGCCGUUAUGCCACGGCCCACGAAACUCCUCGCCACGGUCACGGCAACCAUUGAAGCUUGGCGCAACGCACGGCUGCCGCCCCAGCCCGUAACACAGCCGCAACAGCAUACUCACACGGUGGCACAACCCCACAACACGGCGGCACAACUGGGCAGGACAUGCCACAUGGAUGCCGGCUACCUCCACGACUCCGGUGUGGCAACGGUGGGGGCAAUCUUACUCGAUGCAGAUGGCAGAUACGUGGCAGCAUUCAGUGCCCCCCUUCCAACUUGUUUUUCACCACUCAUGGCAGAGGCGCUUGCGUGCAAAGAAGCGUUAUCAUGGCUUAAAAACCGGGGUGAGACAUCAGUACAUCUAUACACAGAUUGCCUAUCGUUGCAACGAUAUCUUAUUGCACCCUCAUCUUCAGUUCGUUCGUAUGUUGGUUAUGCCCUUGAUAGCUGUAAGUCCACUGCAGCUUCGUUUAAUUCUUGUUCUUUUAAUUUCAUUCCUAGAACAGAUAAUUAUUUAGCUCAUGCGUUAGCAUCUGCUGCGUUCCAGCAACCUACUAUUUUGUAUUGGGAUCUAUGCCCACCUGACAUUAUUGCAGCAUUUUUCUAA